CCGUAUCUAUCUAGUAGCCUCGGAAACUGAAACGGUGGAAGGAUCACACGCUUCGCUGUAGCAGAGCUGGGCGGGAGUAGCUUAGAACAGACGGCGCUUCUGUUGGUCUUAACAUUCAAGUGUGUGUCCUAUGGUGAGGUGAAAAGCAAGGUGCUAGCAAUCUCAUUCCAAUCCCAACCCACCAAAUACUUGCGAAGAUCUUGAAGAAUUCAUCCAGCGGCCUGACAUCAACCACCUCUACGUCAUCCAUAAAGAAGUGUGUUGGCUGAUCAUUUCUUGACUGGGAUCUCACGCAAAACGAACAAACAGAUGAAUCAAUUCAAUCGUUUAGUAAUGACUGUUCUAGCUGCUGCAUCAGUCAUUCUCUGCGUGGCUUCAAUAAAGACACUAUAUAACCCACCUCGAAAUCCGUUGGACGUACUUAGACUUGAGGAGAAGAGCAACGAGUUAAAGGAGAAAGAAGGACUUAUACAAACGCUGACCAACAAACUGGCCUGUCUCACCAAGGGCGUCCUUCCUUCAGGUGGCUUUUGUCUUGAAGACACGAAGACUUUUCAAGGCGGGAAUAACGUAUGGGAUGGACGGCUGUGCGCAGGUCUUGAAGAGAUCUUUGGCCAUUCUACGGUUGGAGAUUUUGGUGCUGGUUUGGGCCACUACGGGAGCUGCUUCCUAAGAACUGGUGACAGCAUAGUAAAGUCGUCAAACCAAGAACAAGCAGCAGCACUUACAAAGACAUACCAGACGGAAAUGAGGGCAGCUAACUUGCUGGAAAAACCUCAAGUGGUCAAAUCAUGGGAAGGUUUCGAUUCUGCAUUCAACGUUGAACAACUGAGCUCUGGAAAAAUUCACACAACAGACCUUGCAGUCCCUCUGCAGUUGGAUCGCAAAUAUGACUGGGUUUUAAGUCUGGAAGUGGGUGAGCACAUACCACAGGAAAAAGAACAAACGUUCAUGGACAAUCUCGUAAAACAUGCCUGCAAAGGCAUCGUCGUCUCUUGGGCGGUGGUAGGCCAGGGCGGAUACAACCACGUGAACACGAGGAACAACGACUACAUUCAGCAGCAGAUGGAAAAGCGGGGAUUAAAGAUGGACCAGGAGGCCACACAAAAGCUGAGGACAAAUGCCGUUGUUUCGUGGUUUAAGAACACACUCAUGGUGUACAGGUUCCCAAAGCCGAAAUGCUGAUCCCAAAGUACAAUUACUGAUAAACUCUGUGUGUAUGUGUGUGUGUGUGAUGAGAAGCGCUCUUAGUAGCUGAGGGCCUGCUAGAACCUUACGAUGGGUACAGAUUUUUCAGAUUUUCAUAGCCUUCAAUGACUGGGUUAAAACAAUGCACUAAUCAAAUCUUUCUUGUUUAGGACAACACCUAAACAACCGAAACGCGUGCUUUUCGCAAAGUUUGAUACUUGGGAGAGUGACGGUUUGCUAUUUAUAUGGGAUGUGUGUGUGUGGGUGUCUGUGUGCGUGCGUUGUGAACUGAGUUUGUGAUCGUUGUAAGUUUCUGCAAAUACAGAUUUUUUCUUAUUUAUUAAAAUGGGGAGAUUACUUAAGAACAAGAGACCACUAUAAUUCCUUGAACAAAAGAAAAUAAGGAACCCUAGACCCGAAUUUAGAUAAAAGCGCUACGGGCCGAACAAGGGAAAGGCCCGUGCCAACAAGAAGUGUUGGCUUAAUACAACAACAACAACAACAAGAUAAAAGCAAUGGUCAGUCAACUCAUGUAGAAACCGGCCACCAACCCCACUCAAACAAUACAUACAUCUCUCU